CUGAAACUUUAUUUCCCUGUCCUUUAGGUCUCUGGUCGACGCUGGUGGCUGACAUUCUUCACGGGGAGCCGCGAUCCCCUCGCUCCGCUCCGCCUGGGCCUCGAGUGAUUCCGCACGCCGGGGCCGCUCGCUCGCCUCCGCCGCCUCCUCCCCGCCGCCGCCGCCGCCGCCGCCUGAUUGUCGCCGCCGCCGCCUGGACUCGCUGCCGCCGCCGAUCGGGUUCCCGCUGCAAGGAGCCGGCCGGCCGGACGCAGCGCCGCUUUCCCCCCCUUGCUCUGGUGCUCCGCUUCCCCACAAUGGCGGACGAGGCUCCGGCUCCCACUUCCGCUCCGCGGCGCCCUGACCUUCCGCUCCCCCCUCCGCCGGCGUCGCCACUGACCUUUCCCUUCCCGUCCCCGCCUCCCGCCCGUCACGUGGCGCGGGAAGCGGCGCGGUGCGCGGGGGCGGGGCCUGAGGCGGCGGGCGGCAGUGCGCGUGCGCGCGGCGGGAGCGGCAGGCGGGACAGGGUGGAGCUGCUCUUCCCGCCUGUGUCCGGGAGCCAGCGUGCGGAUCGGGAAUGCCCGGGAACGGGGACCUGGAUGGUUCCCUCUGCUCCAUCGCUGUGUGCCGGGGAGCUGCCGGGGCGGCGCGGUGUGGCGAUGGCAGUCCUCGACCGGGCCGUGAGGGCUCCUGCUGCGUGCGGAGGGCUCGGGCUGCGCCUGUCGCCCGUCUCCUCCUGAGUUACGGAGCACGGAAUGGGUCAGGUUGGAAGGGACCACAGUGGGGCAUCUGGUCCAGUCUUCUAGCUCAAGCAGUACCGUUCCAGAGCACAUGGCACAGGAUUGUAUCCAGACGGUUCUGGAAUAUCUUUAGCGAAGGCAGWCUGUUCCAGUGCAUGGUCACUCGCACAAUAAAGGAGUUCUUUCUCCUAUUCAGGUGGAACUUCUGUGCAUUUCUUUCGCUCCUUGUCCUGUUGCUUGGUAUCACCAUGAAGUGCCUGGAUYCAGCCUCUUGGCACUCUCCUUYAAGAUAUUUAUAYGCAUUAAUGAGGCCCCCUCUCAGUCAACUGGAGGCUGAGCAGCCCAGCUCCCUCAGCCUUUCUGCAUGACCCAGAAAGGAGACCUUUUCCAGACCCUUGAACCAACGUAGUAGCUUUGCACUGGACCUGCUGCAGGAGCUCCAUGUCCCUUUUGUACUCUGGAGCCCAGACCUGGACACAUCACUCCAGCUGGGCCCUGCUGCUGCCCCUCCACAGCCCGGGUAUGUGCAGGGUCCCGGGCAUUUCCUGGGGCUGGAGCCCAGAGCUCAGAGCCCGCGCUGUCUGUGCACUCUGGGCAGCUGAGCUCAUGGAUGGCAACACCUGCUCAUAACCCUUACCCUGCAAGCUCACACCCAGUGUUCUGCUCCUGCCCAGGUACCUGUGCUAUAGCACACCUUUGGUAGGAGAAGGAGUGAUGCUUUGUCAAAUGCGAGGCUUUUUUUUUUGGUCUGGGUGCUUCAACUCCAUCAUUAAUGAAUUACACUGUCCUUUAUUGAUGGAAAAAGUGAAGCAAUUGUAUUGGGGCUUCUUGCAGCAGCCAUCAGUAAUAUCCAAGACCACUUCAACAAUGCCACAAGGGAGAAUUAAGCAUUUAUAAACUUGAAUCUGAAAAGUCAGCAAUGUAGUUAAUAUGCUGCUUAGAUUUUGGAGGCAAGRAUGCCUUAAAUCCAACAAAAUUGUGUAAACAUAGCUGUCAGGGCAAUGGGAAGGUACAUCCCUCAUGACCCGA